UGUGUAGCUCCUGGUACCGGCAACCAAAGAAGGUGCCUUUGCCUGCUUGUUCGCGUAUUGUAGCUGUCGGAGCUUUCUCUGGGCGAUUUUCGAUUCCACAUCUAAAGAUACCUCACCCAAGGUACCUCUUUCAACAUCGCCUCCCCCAUUUUGUCUUCCUCAUCCGCAACUUCAUUCAACAACCCAACUACGCAAAGCAUCGGCACCCUACGAAUUUUAGACCUGCCGCCUAGGUCAUCGAAACACUCAAUGGUUUUAUAGGACGCGCAAAAGACCGCCCUCAUUUCCGCAGACCGAACCCCGGCGCAGGCGACGUUCGGCGCGUCGUCUGUGCUGAGCUCUGCAAACCUUUCGCACGCCAUGGAAAUGGACGCGCCAUCUGCGACCAGCCAUCCCGAGAUCCUUGCCGCGGGCAUCGCCACUCCGAUCGCCCAGCUCGCCCCAGGGCUCUCCGACCAAGACUCGCGCGUCGUGAGAGGCGAGGUCACCGUUGUCUGGCCUUAUAGCCUGAUCCGGAAAUCUUUUGCCUUUGUUAUCGCCGAGCCCGACGUCCGAUUGCGCGAUUCCAAUGGUCAAAUUCGUCUCCAGGUCGAUGGCGCAAUCGCAAAGCUCGUCGCCGAAAGUGGGCUGGAGAGUGGUGAUGAGAUCCUGCUGAGCUUGGCAGGUGCAGGUUGGGCUGCCAACACUUACGAAGCUAGGAUCCCUGGGUCAUGUUCAAGUUGGCAGCUUGAAUACACUGAGAAAAUCACUCUCGAGAUCAAAUCCGCAUUCACCGAGGACACCAAGAUUCUGGAUGUCGCCAAUCCGCCUUCCACAGAAACGGACACUGCACUCGAGCCUCCAAUUGUCGAAGCGCCUUCCGACGAUUUCCCCAUCGCCGAAGAACCUUCCAUCACGAGUCCUGUACAGAAAUCGAGCAAUGUCGAGUUUCAUUCCCCGGCCUUCAUCAAAAGAGCUCGCCUGUCGUAUGGUUCCCUAUUUGAACCAGACCACGACCCGUUUGCAGAAGACGAUGGUGGGGUGAAAGGAAAGGGCCGUAAAAGGGCACGAUUCGGCCGAUACAGUGCAUCAUGGAGAUAUGCCAGCCAUACGCCUAGCCCCGAGCCCAGCGAAGCCGGCGUGGGGGAGGAUUCCGAAGCGGAGGCUGCUGCGGGUAUCGAAAAUAGUCCAAGCGCAGCAGCAUCCGCGCUGAAGUCCUCGGCGCCAAAGAUGGUUGAUAAAGGUUCCCAGGUCGUCGAGUCGAAUCUUGCCCCAGAUGAGGCAAGCAUAGAUCGUCAGGUGGCAUCGCCGCCUGAGAAACCAACCACAGAUGCCAGUGGGCCAGAACCGCCAGCUCUAUUCGCACCGACAGUUGCGCCAGAAAGCGCGCAGAUGCCAACCGGAAAUACCGAAACACCUGUUCCUUCGACUUUUGAGACUAGCACUCUAUUUGGGAGAUUUGAGAGCAGUAAUGGCGAUUAUUCUGUGCCUAGAUUUCAGACAGACAUAUCUGGUAUCAACAGUGGCCCUUCUAUAGAGGAGCAAGUCAGGUUUGGCUUUCAUCAUAGUCCUAUUAUACCUCUGGCACCCCAGGGAAUGGAGGUGGAGCAUAAUCAAACUUUUGCACAAGCUCACAGCACUGAGCAGGUGGCGCCGCUCCCGGUCAGCACCGGAGCCGAGGCUUCGGGAUUCGUCCAAGACCUGCCACCCGUUUCUCUGCCUACAUCGCAUGACGGCGGAGUAGUUCAUCAAGAGACCAUACCACUAUGGAUAGUCAGCAAUGAACAGAUACUGAACCCUGCACAUGCAGAUGCAGAACUGCCCAUUGACCCCUCCCUCACAGCAGCUCUGGAUGCAGAUGGCCCAGACACAGAAUUGGGAACUCCUAGUCGUACAGCAUUGCCCACCGAGGUCGACGUGUACGGGUCAUAUAACGAGAGUCGUUAUCAAAACGAAGCCGAAGAUGAAAUGGUGGAAGCGAAGGUUGAGGGGGCAUCGGUAUCAUCCGAGGAAUCCAUGAAUCCUGAUGAAGCCGAAUACGAGCGCGAACUUGCCAAUGAGUCCUACGAUGAUUACGAUAUGAGGAACUAUGCCGACGUGGAGGACGAUGUUGAGGGACCAUAUGACAAUGGACUGCCUGAGGGAGAGGGUGAAGAGGGCAAUUAUUAUUCGGACGGAAGUGAGGGCCAAGAGGAGGAGGAGGAGGAGGAAGAAGAAGAGUAUUCCGAAGAAGACGAAAGCGACGGGGAAUCACAGGAGAUGUCCGCACCAAAGCUCGAAAGGGCACCACAGCAGACGGGCCCGGUAGUGAUUGACUUGUUGUCAGACUCAUCGGAUGACGAGAGUGAUCCUCCUCCUCGGCCCGUUAGUGUUCAUAACACAGAACCCCAACGAAAUCCCGAGAGCUACGAUGUUGGCCAGGAAUUACAUCUAGUAGCGCAGACCUCGCAACCCCAGACAAGCGCCUCACAACCAUCACCGCCUUAUGACGUCCACUCUGAGCCAAGUAAUGGCGAAUUGGAAUCUGAAUCUGAAUCUGAACAGUCUGAACAGUUUGAGGAGGAUGCAGAUGGUGAGGACGACGAGCUUGCGGGAUUCGAGAGCCCUGUAAGAUCCAUUGUUCAGACAGAACCUGAGUCCGAAGCCUCCCAGAUGCCUGCUAUCAACUCAGAGCUCCAGCCGAUAAUGUCAUCUUCACGGCAUGUCACACCAGAGCGCUCAGACCAGGAUCCGCCCAAGGACGCUCAAAAUGAAAAUUCCAGCCCAAAACCCGACCAAGACGUCGAAAUGACAGUGCCGAUGAUGUCUGGGGCUCUAUUCCCGACUGCGGCUGAUGAGAUGCAACAGUCUAUCGAGACCGUCGAGGAAACCGGUGGCGAGGAACAAACAGAGGUACAGGAUGAAGUCGAGGAUUCCAAACAAUCCUCACAUCCACCAGCUGGAGAAAGUGAAACAGACCAGAAUAUGGUACCAAAUGUCGCCACCCCUUCAUCACCUAUAGAAGAGAAUUCCAUCUCAGAACAGCCAAAGGAGCCUGCUAUGGCUUCGGAGCCAGCCGACACAAACACAGAAACUGGUAGACUCCCCACCCCAACAGCGACGCAAACGCCCCAAAUUGAGAACAAUACUCAAUCAGACGAACAAGAAUCCAUACAAGUCACCCAGGCUACCGAUACAGAGCAUGCGCCGAAAGAUCAGGAGGAGGGCGACAGCGACAACGACAACGAUGACGACGAAAUGGUGGAGGCUCCCGUGCUAGACAGUGGAUCGCCGCUGUCGACUGUUGUAGCUGCACUGGAACAAAAGCUCGAGGAGAACAUUGUGGUUGAGAAACAAUCGGAACUUGCGCCUGUUGAGCCUGAUGGCGACGACCUCGCGAGCGAGGAUGAGGCAAACGAAAUGGUCUCUCAGACAGUGGUCUCGGUAGACAUCGAACAGGUCACAACCCGCAAUUUGGAGUCAGUCGAAGCUACGGAGGUGCUUGAAGGCAGUGGAGAGCCUGAAAAGUCGGUUGUGACUACUGUAGAAGAUGUGGAGGUCACUGUUGAAGGUAUUGAGAUUGUCGUCAAAGAAGACAAAACCGCCAUCGCUUCUCCUCGUCAGGAACCGGCUUCGCCUGCGUCGUCCGAAAUCGAGCGCGUUCGCGGACAGUCUUUGUCGAGUGUGAGAUCGAACCAGAGUCGCCCAUUUGCAACUCAGAUUCCUCCAUCUGAAUCAGGAUACGUUAACGACGACUUGUUGACGGACACUCAAGAAAACGACAUAUCAGAAAAGUCAAACAGCCAGGCUGAACAGACCGAGAUAGAUGGAGCUGAGGCUAUGGAACCCGAAACUAUGGCUGCUCUGCCAUCUCAGGAUACACAAAGCCCACGUCAUCGGUUUGCUUCCCAGGAACCGCUAUCUGACGACGUUGAUAUGGUCGACGCCGGCUCUGUUUUGGAAGAUGAUAGUCCUUCCGAAGGCGAAGAUGAAAGCGACCAUUCUGAGAAUGGAGAUUUUGUUGAGGCCCCCGAGAGUAUCAAAGAUGCAGCCGUCACUGCCGAGGACGACGAGCUGAAACCACUGUCGCAAGAUGAAAAGGCUGUUGAAGACGAAGAUAUCCCUUCGUCGCCUGUUCUGAGUACGACACACGAAGAUGAUAAUGGAGACGGUGCCAAGGAUGGCCCCUCUAAUAUCGAGGAGGAUGGUGAAGACGAAAAGUCGGGCGUUGAUGAAGUUAAUAACGUUCCCGACGAGGCUGCUGGUGAAUCUUUGCAGAAGGAAGAAAUCCGGGUCGACAUCCAAGAUGAUUUCAAGGUCGCAGAGAAUACCUCCGACUCAGUGCCUCGACAAGUUGACGACAGGUCUGAUGAAGAUCAAAACAUCAGUGAUAUAAUAAACGAGGAAUCAUCGUCUGUCAAGUUCGGCGGGUCAGACGAUUCUCGCAAUGCCUCAGAGGCGGAGGACGACGAGUCUGACAAGGAGAAUGCUGAAGAGCCAGAAGAGGAGGCGUCUCCUGAAGAACAAAAGCCACUAACGAGGGCAACCCGCAGCGCUAGUAAGCAGAACGAUACCAAGGAAGCGAUGGCUGCCUACAAACCAAGCAAGAGUCCCGAGCUCGACACAGAGGAGAGCUCUAGCGAUUCUGAACCCGAACAGGCGUCAACAAGGAUCACCCGGGGUGCACUCAAGAAGGACACGGAACAAUCACCCAGCAUCCGUUCGCAGAACACGCCACAGCCAGACAAAGUGAGCGAGCUUGACGCUGAAGAAGAUUCUGAGCCGUCAGCUGAGCCGCCUUCCACAAGGGUCACUCGGGCCAGUCGCAAGAAUGAACCCCCGGAUACCCCGACGGCUACCAGGCCCGUCACCAGGGCUAUAAAAACUAAGCAGGCCCCCACAAAGGCCGAAGCGAAAGCUAGCAAGGUCAAACAGGCAACCCCCGAUGCUGAUCCCAGCGUCCGGCUGGCCAAGGGCGCGGGGAACAAGAAGGGCACCAUCGAGCAACCGCAAGAGCGAGCUGGUGUCGCAGAUGGUGACCCCAGUAUCAGGUUGGCGCGGUCGGCUGCGGGGAUUAAGCGCAAGCAGCCGGCUGAGCCGACGAAGCCGGCAACCGCAACAACCGAUGGCGAUCCUAGCCUUAGGUUGGCCAGGGGAGCUGCUGCGAAUAAGCGGAAGCAGCCUUUGGAACCGGUGGAACCAUCAGUCCCAGCACCUGAUGCAGACCCCAGCGCCAGGUUAGCCAGGGCGGCAGGCAGUAAGCGCAAACGGCUCCCUGACCAGUUGGACGUGUCAGCCCCAGCUGCAAAGAAUAGGAUGACGACAAGGUCUGCCUCUAGCAGUUUUAGGCGGAGCGCCAGCCCUGCCGUGACAGAGGACCCCAGUGUGAGGCUGGCCAAGGGAGCCCUUAAUAGUCCCUCUCGUCGCCAGAAGCAGACGGCCUCGUCAGAUGCAAAUGCACGCACGGAGACGGCCUCCAGCACCAGCAACAGCACCCAGAUCAAAACAGAGGUCACACGCCGACUGCGCGAAGACCUACCCGACUACCAGACUCUACUUAGAGUUCCAAAGAUGGUUGGCAAAACGAUUGACCUGCUCGUCCUAGCCACGACGGAGGGCACCAAACCAACACGAACAAAGGCGCGUCAGUACUGCAUGUCCUUCAACGUAACCGACGCCAGCAUUUCUUCCCGAGUGUAUGAGGUACAGCUGUACCGCCUACAUAAAGAUUCCCUGCCCAUAGUCAAGCCAGGAGACCGCGUGCUGCUGCGCGACUUUAACAUCGUUGCGUUGACGGACCGUGGAUGGGGGUUACGUUCGGUCGAGAAAUCCUCAUACGCCGUCUUUGACGAUGCCGACGAUGCGUAUGAUGGAGAGGAUGCGGCUGACGGCAGCGGCGGGAUGCCACAGAUUCGUGGGCCGCCCGUGGAGCUCACGGCGGCCGACCACGAGGUUUCCAAGCUGCUGAAGCAGUGGUGGAGCUCGCUCGACGAUGGCGCCAGGGACAGGCUCGACAAGCAAAACAAGAAGCUUGCUGCUGGUUCUUAA